AUGGACUACCAAAAUCGUGCAGGCUCCAAGUUCGGCGGCGGAGGUGUCGCAUCGUCGUCCGCGACCAAUGCCGACCGUCGCGAACGACUUCGCAAGCUCGCGCUCGAGACCAUCGACCUCGACAAGGACCCGUACUUCUUCAAGAACCACGUCGGGAGCUUCGAAUGCCGUCUCUGCUUGACAGUGCACCAGAACGAUGGCUCAUAUUUGGCACAUACGCAAGGAAGGAAGCAUCAGACCAAUCUCGCUCGCCGUGCUGCUAAGGAACAGAGGGAAGGCAAGAAGGACGAUUCUAUGCAACAAGGCUUGCUCGCGGGCGUACAGGUCAAGAAGAACGUCAUCAAGAUUGGGCGGCCGGGCUACAGAAUCACAAAGGUCCGCGAUCAAGUCACCCGCCAGAACGGGCUGUUGUUCCAGUUCCAAUUCCCAGACAUCACCCCAGGCAUAAUUCCCCGCGUGCGCUUCAUGAGUGCAUAUGAACAAAAGGUGGAGGACCCGGACCCCAAUUACCAGUACUUUAUCGUUGCCGGUGAGCCGUACGAGACCGUCGCAGUCAAGUUGCAAGCUCGUGAGGUCGACCGGCGAGAGGGCAAGUUCUGGACGUGGUUUGACGAGGACAAUAAAGAGUUCUGGUGUCAGCUUCUGUUCAAGACAGAACGAGAUGAGCGUUUCAGCGCCGUCCCUGGCCUCGCUCCUGGACGUAAAUGA